AUGAUUUCGAAUACAGAAUACAUUUUCAUUGAUUCUGAAAAAGAGACAAAGACCUGUGAGGCAUUGGUUCGUCGAGGCCUUGUUGGGCUGAGUUGGCUCUCCACUUUCAGCCGGCUUGGCGAAGAUAUCUACAUAAGAUUGGAUCUACCAGGGCUUGACUGUGGCAACGAGAGGGGAUUUGAAAAAAAGAACAGACAAAAAACAUACAACAGUGAGGAUUCGCUGGUGGUCACCCACCCAACUACUAACUCACCGGCGUGUGGCUUAAGUACGGCUGAGCGGACGGGAAGCCCUGUUUUCCACACCCUAUGGUCGUAUGUGCUUGUGAACACCUCGGAGUAG